UACCUUCCAGUCUGAGUCAUUUUGUCUUUUUCAUUCAUACGCAUAAGUUGUUCGUGCUAAAACAUUUAUUUAGUUUUUUCACUUAGUAUUUGAAUAUGUCUAUCUGUAAAAAAGAAUGUGUUAAUAUUGAUGAAGUAUACCAAUUGGACCUCAAUAUGCAGAACAAGAAGAAAGAACUACUUAGAAUGUUGGAUGAAUAUGAGCUGGAGCAGUGCAUUGUGUGCUACCGGCUCAGAUGUUCCUGCCAUUCUAAAUACCAGCCGAUCCAACAUAUAAGGCCCACUAAAGAGGACCACCAGGCCUGGGUAAUGGCCAGUACUCGUAAAGAAGAAGCCGACAAAGAAAAGAAGGUUCUGCAAGUGAAGCAGAACCUUGUCAAUAGCAACAGCUGUAGUGAAGCGGCUAUAGAUGCCUUUUUUAAAGCGUUCAAAAUGUCUUCCAAUACAUCUGUGACGUACCUGUCAAAUAAACUCGCGGAGGCAUACUCACAAAUAAAAAAAAAACAAGAAUAUCGUUACUUCUAAUUUCAUACAAGGUAUUACGAUCGUUAAUAUAAUUUGUUGGCUAGUGUGACGGACUGUGAUAAUCUGAUAUUUGAUACUGGGAAUUGUAGUAAUAGGAGAUUAAUAAAGCUAUUUAUAAGAGGUAAGUAUUAGUUAGCUUUGAUUAUAGAGAGUGCCAUUUAAAAUCUGUUAUGAAGACUGAGGAUGCCCGGAGACUUAAUAAUGCGGCUAUUUUAAUAUGGUGAACGGUUAUUAAAGAUACAUUGACGGAAUAUUUUCUUCAAUGAUUCCAUAAUGGAUAAUAAAAGAUUUUGAAUUUUAUUUUAUGUAUGUCUAGACAAUAUAGCUUUUUCACAGUGAUUUAUUUGUAUAUUUAUAUAUUUUAUACUAUCAGACAAAGUGUUUAUCGCUAUAUUUGAGGAAUAUUGUCUAGUUUUUUACUCCUUGUUAUAUUAUAAGAUAGGCAAAAGUUCAAAAUGAUGGUGAUUGUAAUUAUCUAAUUAAAAUAUCGUUUUUAUAAUUGAGUAUUUAGUAAUAUAUCUUUUAUGACUUUUGAUAAUUUACAAAUAAUAUACAUAUUAUAUAUAGAAACAUCAAUAAAUAAAAAUAUGACUGUUUGUGAAUCUUUUAAAGUCAUAGGAUAGUACAUAAACAGAAAUGAACGAGAAUAAACAUUUAAAACCAACUUUAAAAUGUUUUAAGUAAAUACCACGAUAUAUUAAUAUAAAUAUCUGAUCACUUUUAGCUAUAACAAAAAAGUGUUUGCAUAUGGUACAAGAAAAGAUUAUAAAUAUAACAAAAAUAUUAGACCAUAAGAAGUUAUGUACAAAGUUGGUUGUAUGUUACUUGUAAUUUAUAUAAUAAAGAGGUGUAAAACUG